CAAAAAUGGCGGUCGAAGUGGAUUCUUCAACGGAGUCAAAAAGUCUUGUUACAGAUGUCCUAGAGAAAGCAGGACAGUUAGAACAAGAUGAUUUCCAUUCCUACGUGAAAAAAAUGCUUCAUAAAGCUGAAGAAGUGAAGGCAGAGGUYUUUAAAACUAUUUACGAAGAUUAUUCGUUUGGCGAAUUUCAAGACUUAAAUUCAACAACUUGUCAGUUGAAUUGGAAAGUGGAAACUUUAGUCAACGAUAUUAACAACACUUCCAAAAAUAUCAAGGGUACAGUGUUUUCUAAACUUGAUGUUGCCGCAACGGAACAUUCUCAUCUURCUCAAGAUCUUUGUCAAACAGAAGCUAUUGGAAAAGUUUUAACCAGGCUUUGUAAGAUCCAUGCUUCUCUAAAUGCAUUCCCAUCAGAAAUAGACAGUGAAGAAUACUGCAAGGCUGCUAAUAUCAUUGAUUCUGUGAAUGAAGAUUUGUCUCUUCUUCCAAAGGCUGGUCAAGAAAGCAAGAUAUAUAUUGCCUUGAAGGAGGAAUUAGGAAGACUACGUUCCCAGUUAAUCAAUAAACUAGAGGCAGUGUGGUUAAAAAGUAUCUCAUGGACUACUCCAGCUACAGCAUCUCUUGAUAGCAUUCAUUCACAUUUGAAGACACAGCUAUCUCUAAACACAGCUGAGUCAAACAUGGAUAAUGUUCUUAAUGCAAUGCAGAGCUUAAACAUACUUGAAAAAAGAGUCAAAAUUUUUGGAAAAAAGCUUGUUCAGUUUUUCUUUAGACCUCUCCUUGUGUUUCCAAGUUUAAAACCAUCCAUUGAGGUAAAGAAGCAGGCAGUCAUUAUUUCUAUCAAUAAAGAAGCUAACAGAGCCAAGGUCAUUCACCCAGGAAAAGUGUAUCCCAAGAUACUUGAGAUUUUAGAUCAAGUUAAAAGUCAGUUUCCUGACCACUCCAAUAUCAAGUCUGAAAACCAAAAGAAACCAGUUGAACUGUUCUCAUUGUUAGGAACAAUUGUUUGGCCAGUUUUAUCUGAAGACAUYAUUAAGGAAUGUCUGGCAAAGUCAAUUCCUAAUACUAGCGCACAGCUUGAAAAAUAUCAAGAAGUGAUCACAAAYACUUUGGAAUUUGAAGAAAAGCUUAAAGAAUCAGGAUUUAUUACAGAGUGUCCUUCAUCUCUCACAAAGUAUGUCAAGGACAUUAGUAUUCACUUUGGCAACAAGAAGUGUCAAGAUCUUCUUGUAGCUGCUCGUGACCUCAUGAAAGAUGACAUUCACAAUACAAUAGUCAUUGAUAAGUUUUCUGAUACUGCUACACUUUGUAGUCUUGGGAACCUGAAAUCUGUUGUCAAUGGAACCAGAAAGGAGGAGAGUCAGUCCAACAAGAUUAAAUCAGACAAAGGAUUGAGUCCUUUCACUUUCCAACUACCUAAAUGCUGUAUUAGUGAGAGUACAAAAAAGCUGGUGAAUCUUGCUUAUAACACACUACUCGAAGCAACUAAAUCCCCUACACAGAGUGCUAUCCAGUUGUUUUACACGGUCCGUAACAUGUUUGAAUUGUACUGUAAUGUUGUUCCAACAUAUCAUCAAGAGAGUUUGGCCACUCUUCCACAGCUUGCAGCAUUGCAUCAUAACAAUUGUAUGUAUAUCUCUCAUUUACUGCUAACCAUGGGCCAUCAGUUCAAAUCUCACCUACCAGAACCAUUAAACCAAGGAGCUGCAACAUUUAUUGACCUUGUACCUAUAGUUAGAAGCCUUGGAGAAAACUGUCUUAUUGAUCAGCUAAAAAGACAGCGAUCUGCAUUGCUCGAUGUCAUAAAGAAUGCUGAUGGUUUUGCUGACGCUCAUGAAGAUGARAGACGGGAAAAAAUAGAACGUGCAAUUAAACAGGUUCUUCAUCAACUACUUCAUUUAAAGAAAAUUUGGCUUGGUGUCUUACCUGAGAACUUGUUUCACCAGUCCCUUGGAGCCCUGCUUGAUGCUGUUUUGGAUAAUAUCAUAAAUCAAGUACUACACCUAGAGGAUAUCUCAUCAGAGGAAGCCAGUUGUCUCCAUGCCACCCUAUCUAUUCUGGCAAAGAAAUCACCUGAGAUAUUCCAGGAAAAAAGUGACAGCACUGUUGAAGAGAAAGAUUUGGUGGCAUACAUACCACGCUGGUCCAAGUAUAACCAAACUAUAAACACAUUAGAGGCUAGUCUGCAAGAUAUUUCUGAUGGAUGGGGUGAUGGCAAGGGUCCUCUGUCUACAGAUUUCACUGCUAGCGAGGUCAGAGGUUUAAUAAGAGCAUUAUUUCAAAACACUGACAGAAGAGCUGCUGUUUUGGCUAAAAUCAAAGCUGUUCAGUGAUGAUGCACUAGAAUUUCAAAAAUUUCAAACAAAAAACAAAGUAGUUUUAAUUGACGUUUUCAUUUAAAAUCACAAACCAACUGUAUAAAUCAUAUUUACAUUGCAAAGACAUCAAGAUAAACAAAUAUAUAAUUUUAUUUGACUGUUAAAGUAACAUGGUUACUCAUGUUUCAUUUUUUUUGUUGGCAAAAAAAAAGAGAAAACUAAUGAUUUAGAUUAUCAUUUAGUUAAAAUGAAAAUCACUCAUCAUAUUAGUAUCACUUAUUCCAGUCAGGGUGGGUUAACUGUUGAUGUAGAAGGAAAUGUGUCCAGUGGUGAUGGUGUACAAUAUGUGUGCACUGUCCAAUAGUGUGUGUAAGGAUCACUUCUUCCAGUCAGGGUGGGUUAACCAAUGAUGUAGAAGGAAAUGUGUCCAGUGGUGAUGGUGUACAAUAUGUGUGCACUGUCCAAUAGUGUGUGUAA